AUGUGCAACUAUCCUGCUCUUCUGACUACUGGUAUACUUCAACUUGAAGAACUGCAGGACUCUCACAUUGAGGAUUACCCAGCUGAUGUUCGAUGGGAACAUAGGGUAUUCAUGAAUUUAAUAGAUUUGUAUCCGAGUCUUUUAGAUCGUCUGACGAAGGGUGAGGAAGAAGAUCUUGUACCCAGAGGGCAGGUAGUCAUACUGCCCCUCUCCCAGAACAUUAAGUCUGGCCGCAGAUUCAAUCAUGAAGUCACCGGCCUUGACUGGUCAAAUAUAGAUGGCGAAACCAUGGUCAGUGGUGACCAAUGGCCUGUAUUCUUAUAUGCUGGGUAUAAGUAUGAUUCUGAAGAUCUGUGGAAGGGGUUACUGUGCAGCAAGAUACUUAUCUUCGGUUACAAACAUGUCUUUACGUCUCCAAGCUCAGUAGAUAAGGAGCCAAAGGCCACGCACUCCGGCAAUGCUUACCUUCAUGGCAUGAAAUGUGUGACUCAAGGAUCCUUAGCUUACAUUGCUAUGCAGGUACGGUUUUCGUUAAGCUCUUCAUCGGUAUUUUUGCAUACCGACACAGUCACAGACUCCGAAAAUUUCUACCAUAGCAUUCUUGAUUUGUUGGAGGAUCCUGAUGAGAGUGAGGAGGUGGCUGACCUUAUGACAUGGUGGACUCAUCUCAUUUUUCCUAAUUCUUCUUCUUCAUUGUGCAGUAUCAGUAAAAACAGUGCGCUGUCAAGGAUCCAGGAAAAAUGUGCUGCCUUGUGA